AAUCACAAUGAAAAAUGAAUCUCUGAAUGAAACCAGCUGCACUGAAUUCAAAUACCUAGCAUACACCAUCACCUAUACCAUAAUGGUUCCAGUUGGAUUUUUCACUAAUUUGGUUGCUCUGUUUGUGUUCCUGAGGCAGACAACGAAGAAGACUGCCAACAUUGUGUUCAUGACCAACCUAGCUAUUUCUGAUGUUUCCUUCACCUUGACAUUGCCUUUUCGCCUGAUUUACUACUUUAGGGAAUGUCACUGGGAUUUUGGAGAUGUGCUAUGUCGCUGGUGUGUAUUCUCUUUCUAUGUGAAUGUCUAUACCAGUGUGCUAUUUCUUACUGGUCUAAGCGUACUGCGCUAUCUGGCGGUCGUUCACCCCGUUCGAAAUAGGACCCUGGUGACUACACGGCGGGCCAGUUUGGCAUGUUUUUGCAUCUGGGUGUUCGUAGCAGUCAUGUCUGUUCCUUCCCUGUUGACAGGGACUACUCAGAGUAAUACGAAAAUAAGCUGUUUUGAAAUUAAAAACACUAAGGACUGGAAACGAGUGGAAAAGCUCAAUUAUGUGGGACUGAUCUUUGGAUUCUUGAUGCCAUUUAUUAUCAUCCUGGGCUGUUAUGGGCGCAUCAUCCAAAAACUUUCAAGACAGAGGAUACAAAAGAAAAAUAAUGCCCAGCGCCGGCGCUCUCUGUGCCUAAUCGUUGUGAUUCUCACUACCUUCCUGCUGUGCUUUGCACCAUACCAUAUAGUCCGGACACUUCAUCUGCGUGCUGCUGUAUUAGAGAAUACCGAGCAGAAAACGUACUUGCUCAAGAUUUUGGUCAUCACUCUGUGCAUGGCUGCUGCUAACAGCUGUCUGAACCCCCUCCUAUACUAUUUCGCUGGAGAAAACUUCCGAACCAGCCUUAACAGGGCAUCACAACGGACAAUCAGCUCUUUAAAUGACAGUUUGCGCAUGUCAGAAUAUUCAGGGAGCCAAAUGAAAAGGAAGCCAGUGAAAUGA